UCCGCCAGAGCGGAGCUUGGCGCCUAUGACGGCAGGGGCAGGUGCACGGACAGUGGCGGCCCGUAUGAUGGGCAAUGCGCUGCCGGGGGGGGGACCAGAGGACAGCAGCGGAAGUGCCACGGUGACGCACGGGGGGGCGGUGUGCCGAGGUGGACCGUCGGAUGAAGAAGAUCAGACGUCUUCAGAGGAGGAAGUGGAAGAGAACGGCGCAAAGUGGGGGGUGCCCCUUGCAGUAGAUCUGACCCCCGAGGAGCUGGCGCGGAGGCGUGCCGCACAGAUGAAGCGGCUGCUCAAGCUAUACAGGUUGCAGUACUGGGGCCUAAUUGAAGAGAUGCGGUCCAAGCACCGCCGUUACUUCCUGCGCCAAGGGACGAGUGGCUGGAAAGAGGAGGGGGAGGGGGCCGCAACCGAGGGAACAAUGCGCCCCGUAUGCAGCAAAGCAGGGUGUACAGACAGGGCCAUGCCAGCCAGCUCGUUCUGCUUCCAGCACAUCUUGUGCGACCCCCGGCAGCAGCUCUACUGUGCGUGUAUCCACAGCCCCAGUCCUGACGAGCCCUGCCCCCGCCCUGUUCUGCGAGCGGUGGUCCCGGCACUCUGCGCUCAGCAUGCGGCUCUGCGCAAGACCAGCCAGUCCCCCCGCCAGCGGCCCAGCUCUGCCGGCAGCUCAGCCGGCGGGGCGACGUCUUCUUCCUCCAUGCUCCCCGUCCCUCCAGUGCACGUGUUGAUGAACGAAUAUAUAAGAGUCUUGCAGAGACAUAGAACAGUCACGGCAGCUUUAAAGCAAGAGGUUAAAACGUGACUUUCGAAAGGACCUUGAGAGAGUUCAGACCUGCUUUAUAUGCCAUGUGGAAAGACUUUCGAUUGCUAGCACAAUGAAAGGUCUCAGAUCUUUUGCAACUUUCCAG